AUGGCAUUAUUCCAUUUUGUUAAUUGUUCAUUAACGGCCUUUGUUCCUUAUUAUAUAAUAUAUGAUGGAUUUAAGCUGUCAAAAAAUGUAGGAUCUACAAAAUUGUUUUUUCUUGUUUGUUUUUACUAUAUCAUAUCUCAAAUGUUAAAGCUGUUCGCCCUGGCAUUCUUUUCAAUAGGCCUCCUACAAAAUAUGAACCUUUUCAAUAUAAUAUUUCAAGAGUCGGCAAAUAUUAUUGACCUAGCUGGAAUAUACUACGUCCUAGUGCAUAAGCACACUAAUACAUUUAACUUAAAAGAGAGGAUAUUAUCAGUAGGACUCAGUUGGGGAUUUUAUGAAUCGAUGGCCACGAAUUUUUUCCCGUUUUUCAUGGGCGGAAAAUCCAUGGAUUUCUCUUUGAAACAUAUCUAUAGGUCCAUAUCAGCUAAUACCUUUUUGUUUUCCAAUUUAUCCAAAACCUGUUUAUUAUUUAUAUGGAUAAAAAAUGUACAGAAUAAAAAAAAAAUUAAUUUGGUUAAUUUGCUUUUGAUGUACUUUACUUUUAUUUUGCCCCUCGCGAAUAGGAUCAUAUUAAUUCAUGAGGAUUUAUUUGACUAUAGAAUGCUCCUUUAUUUAUUCCUGCAGCUCUUUGUUACUCUAUUUUUGUCCUUUGCUACUAAGAGCAUGCUGCAUAUGAAGUUAAGUAGCGUUGAACUGAGUAGAGAAAAGAGUAUAGACAUUGAUAAUAAUGAUGAUGUUGAUAAUGAAAUGAAUAAAGAACUAAAGAAAAAGAAUAAAAAAAAAAGGAAAAGUUUAAUUUACAGGUAA